AUGAGCGGAAGCGGUGGAUUCUACAAGUACAGGUGCAAGUACUUUUACACCCACAACUGCACAAAUUGGGUCUAUGUCAAUAACUCACCCUGUGCCAAUUGUCUCGCCGAGGGCAGGGAUUCCGUCGAAACCCCAGCCCAGCAACCGUUCAAGGACAUCAUGGUGCCUUACUGGGACGUCAAUGGCAUGCGGCAAGAGUGCCUCAUGGAGUAUGUCGCGACGGACGCCUCGGGCGUCUACUGGAGCCUCAGGUAUAAGGCCCCCGUGCAGAUGGGCCCGACGGUCACGAGCGACACGCCCAGGCCGGUCUACCCUCCGUCGUAG